AUGGAGGACGUGCUGGACCUGGGCGAGGAGCGGCGCCGCGGCCCGGCCGCCUCCGAGGCCAAGAUGGGUCGCCGAGCUCAACAGGAGUCAGCUCAAGCCGAGAAUAACCUCAGUGGCAAGAAUUCUUCAAUUCUGAUUGGAGAGGAUCCUCCUCCCAAACCACCCCGCCGCAGGCAAGGAGGCUGGGCUGAUGAUUCCAUGAAGGCUUCCAAGUCAGGAAGGAGGGCUUUUGAAGAUGCGGAAGAUCAUCGCCUCAGACCGAAGAGCCUGGAUGGAUCAGAUGACGGAGGAGAUAUUCCUGUUAUUCCGGAUCUGGAAGAAGUUCAGGAAGAAGAUUUUGUGUUGCAGGUGGCAGCCCCUCCCAGCGUCCAGGUAAACCGGGUGAUGACCUACCGUGACCUGGACAAUGACCUCAUGAAGUGCGCAGCCUUUCAGACCCUGGAUGGAGUGAUCGACUUGAAGCUCCUCACCAAAGUACUUGCACCAGAACAGGAAGUUAGGGAAGAGGACGUCGGCUGGGACUGGGACCAUCUGUACACUGAGGUGUCCUCAGAGCUUCUCACCGAGUGA